AUGUCGCAAAACGCUGCCGCAAAAACUGAGCCGGCCGGCGGUAUCCCCGUUACUGUUGACGCUGCUAUCGCGAACAAAAGAGGGGCAUUCGCUUGGUUCUCAAAUGCGGGAAUCGUCAAGCUCAACUGUGUCAUCGCGCUUUCAUUGGUAUCGAGCUACGCAACCGGCUACGAUGGCUCAAUGAUGAAUGGCCUCCAGUCUCUGGACACAUGGCAGGAAUCAUUCAAUAACCCUGGAGCUCAGGAGCUGGGACUACUGAAUGCGAUCCAAAACGUGGGCCAGCUCCUCGCACUCCCCUUCUGCGCCUGGUUCUGCGAUCGCUUCGGACGCAAACCCGCCCUCCUAGUCAGUGCCUCCAUCCUCCUUAUCGGUGUCGCCCUCCAAGGCGCAGCCCAGAACGUCGCCAUGUUCAUCAUUGCUCGCGGUGUUCUCGGCUUCGGCCUCGCGCUCAAUAUCACCGCCGCGCCUCUUAUGAUCAUGGAGCUCGCGUACCCGUCCCAGCGAGCGCCGCUAGUAUCCAUCUACAAUUCUCUCUGGGGAUUGGGAGCUUUGAGCGCCGCGUGGAUUACCUUUGGUACAUUUCGAAUCGGGAACACGUGGGCUUGGAGGAUUCCUUCGAUCUUGCAGGGACUUUCGAGCGUGGUGCAGCUCGGGUUGUGCUUCUUUAUCGAAGAGUCUCCGAGAUGGCUCAUCUCAAAAGAGAGGGAUGCGGAAGCCGAGAGGCUGUUGGUGAAGUACCACGCCAACGGCGAUGCUUCUGACCUCAUCGUUCCAUUGGAGAUGGAGGAAAUUAGGACGGCACUGAGGUUGGAGGCGGAAGCAUCGCGGACUACGUCGUACAUGGCUUUCUUCCAGACACCAGGUAACCGGCGCCGUUUUCUCAUCAUUCUUGCUGUCGGUUUCUUCUCACAGUGGAGCGGCAACGGUUUGAUCAGCUACUACCUGACCUUGAUUCUCAACUCGAUCGGGUAUACCUCCCAAGACACGCAGACGCUAAUAAACGCCCUCAUCACUCUGUGGGGAUUAUUCUGGGGUCUCCUCGCCUCCGUUCUCGUCAACCGUUUCCGCCGCCGAACGAUGUUUCUCGCUUCGACUAUCGGAUCCCUCGUGUGCUACGUCAUCUGGACAGCACUUCAAGCAACAUAUGAAAAGCAAACCGACCUCACUGGCGCAGGAUCCCCGGGCCUCGCAAAGGGUGUCUUGGCCAUGAUCUUCUUGUACAACGUCACGUUCACUGUGGGAUGGGGCGCGCUCCAGGUCACCUACGUCGUGGAGAUUCUGCCCUUCAACUUGCGUGCCAAAGGCUUGGUUCUUUACAACUUGUUCGUGGCACUGGCGUUGAUCUUUAACCAGUACGCCAACCCGAUUGGCGUGACGAACUCAAAGUGGAAGUACUACAUCACGUAUGAUGUGUGGCUGGCUUUUGAGGCUGUGGUGGUGUAUUUCCUGUUUGUGGAAACAGGAAAGAUGAGCCUGGAAGAGACUGCAGUCAUUCUUGAUGGCAACGAGGAUAGACUGACCGAAGAGGUGGCUCGGAAGACGGAGAAACUUGCCUUGGAAACACAUGCGCAUGUUGUAGAGGACAAUAACCAUGAUGCAGCAGUCUCCCAAGAGAUCUUCCGUUGCCGUUGCGCGAGUGCAAGCAAUUUUGACGUAAGCCUGGAAGGUAUCUCAAGCCUGUGUACCUCCAAGGGCGGAGAGAUUGAGAGCGCAGGCUUGUGCGUCAAGGUGCCCUCCAGAUUUACAAACGACGAGUGCACAAAGGUCGAAGCCGGGGCCAAGGGCGACUGUAUCGUCGACACCACCUCCGGCGGGUCCACCAGCUCCGUGUCGUCGCCCGCCGCUACGGCACAAGCUACUGCGAAGCCUAGAGCCGUCGAUCCUCAAGCUUGGGUGGCCUAG